GGACACGCGGAGCGCACUGGGAGCAACCAUGGCGGACGGUCCGGUGGCGGAGGUGCUGCUGCGGCGGCUGGAGACGGCCGAUGGCGGCCUUGACAGCGCGGAACUGGCGACCGAGCUGGGCGUGGAGCACCAGACUGUGGUGGGCGCCGUGAAGAGCUUACAGGCGCUGGGUGAGAUCAUCGAGACUGAGCUGCGCUCCAGCAAGCGCUGGGAGCUGACCACUGAGGGUGAGGAGAUUGCCCAGGAGGGCAGCCAUGAGGCCCGGGUGUUUCGCAGCAUCCCCCCAGAGGGCCUGCCCCAGAGCGAGCUCAUGCGACUGCCCAGUGGCAAGGUGGGCUUCAGCAAGGCCAUGUCCAACAAGUGGAUCCGGGUGGACAAGAGUGCUGCUGACGGGCCCCGCGUGUUCCGAGUGGUGGACAGCGUGGAGGACGAGGUGCAGCGCCGGCUCCAGCUGGUCCGGGGUGGGCAGGCUGAGAAGCUGGGAGAAAAGGAGCGGAGUGAGCUCCGGAAGCGGAAGCUGCUGACUGAAGUGACCCUGAAGACCUACUGGGUGAGCAAAGGUAGUGCCUUCAGCACCAGCAUCUCAAAGCAGGAAACAGAGCUGAGCCCAGAGAUGAUCUCCAGCGGCUCCUGGCGGGACCGGCCCUUCAAGCCCUACAAUUUCUCGGCCCACGGCGUCCUCCCCGACAGCGGCCACCUGCACCCGCUGCUCAAGGUCCGCUCCCAGUUCCGGCAGAUCUUCCUGGAGAUGGGGUUCACCGAGAUGCCGACUGACAAUUACAUUGAGAGCUCCUUCUGGAACUUCGAUGCACUCUUUCAGCCCCAGCAGCACCCAGCACGCGACCAGCAUGACACCUUCUUCCUGCGAGAUCCAGCCCAGGCCCAGCAACUCCCAAUGGACUAUGUCCACCGCGUGAAGCGGACCCACUCUCAGGGCGGCUAUGGCUCACAGGGGUACAAAUACAACUGGAAACUGGACGAGGCUCGGAAAAACCUGCUGCGCACACACACCACAGCAGCCAGCGCCCGCGCCCUCUACCGCCUGGCCCAGAAGAAGCCCUUCACUCCGGCCAAAUACUUCUCCAUCGAUCGAGUGUUCCGGAAUGAGACCCUGGAUGCCACUCACCUGGCCGAGUUCCACCAGAUCGAGGGUGUCGUGGCCGACCACGGCCUCACACUGGGCCACCUCAUGGGUGUCCUGCGGGAGUUCUUCACCAAGCUGGGUAUCACCCAGCUGCGUUUUAAGCCGGCCUACAACCCCUACACCGAGCCCAGCAUGGAAGUAUUCAGCUACCACCAAGGUCUGAAGAAGUGGGUGGAGGUUGGAAACUCUGGGAUCUUCCGCCCUGAGAUGCUGCUCCCCAUGGGGCUCCCUGAGAAUGUGUCAGUCAUUGCCUGGGGUCUCUCCUUGGAGCGCCCGACGAUGAUCAAAUAUGGCAUCAACAAUAUCCGGGAGCUGGUGGGCCACAAGGUGAACCUUCAGAUGGUGUACGACAGUCCCCUGUGCCGCCUGGACGCCGAACGGGGGCCCCCUUCGACACAAGAGGCCGCGUGACAUGAGCUGCCCCCCAUAGGCCACCUUCCCCAAGACCCUGCUGCCCCCCUUGCAUCCCUGCCAGUGACCCCCUUGUAUUUACGAGGCCUCUGUGAGGCCCACCCCCCUGCCCCUGGUAUCUCCUCAUCCCGAUCAGCCCCAAGGGAACAGGUAGCAGGUUCAUUCUGUUGUCCACCUGUGAGGGUGGGCCUUGGGGAGCCCUGCAGGCCAGCUGUUGGCUAAUAAAGUGGGCACGUGCCCUCAUCUGGUGCCUUUCCUUAGGGGUGGAAGGUGCUGGAGCCCCGGGUAUAAGACAUGAUGGGUUGGAGGUCUUGGAUCCUGGGGACCUCCUGGCCAGCCUGAGCCAGAUACCCACCAGAGAAGACUGGCUCCAUCAAGCAUUCACCGAUUCACUUCCUGGUGCCAGGUCUCUUCUAGGUGAAGGGAACAGAACCCCCUACCCCUGUCGAAGGGGAGGCCAGGGUGGUGGUGGGGCCCUGGGAGCCAGGAUUGCCACCAGCUGGGAGUCAGGCAUUGCUGGGAUGGGGUGGAUAGCCUUAUUUAUUUACUUUUGGCUGUGCUGGGUCUUUGUUGUGACCUGAGGGUUUAGUUGCCCCAUGGCAUGUAGGAUCCCUGACCAGGGAUUGAACCUAGGUCCUCUGCAUUGGAAGGCAGGUUCUUAACCACUAGACCACCAGGGAAGUCUCAAGCUGAGCCUUUAAAACUGCUUUCUGUUGUUGUUAAGAAACAGUUUCGUUUUAGGUUCAUAGCAAAAUUGCGUGACAGGUACAGAGAUUUUUCAUAAACCCCCUGCUUUGAUGCAUUAUAAUCACCCACAGUCCACAGUUUACAUUUUGGUUGACUCCCCGUGUUGUAUGUGGGUUUGGAUAAAUGUAUGAUGACAUGUGGGCUUCCCUGGUGGCUCAUUGCUAAAGAAUCAAUUUUCUUGCCAAUGCAGGAAUGCAGGUUUGAUCCUUGGGUCGGGGAGAUCUCCUGGAGGAGGAAAUGGCAACCCACUCCAGUAUUCUUGCCUGGAGAAAUCUGCAGAGGAGCCUUGCGGGCUACAGUCCAAAGGGUCACAGAGUCAGACACGAUAGUGACUGAGCACAAACACAUGAUGCCCUGUAUUAUGAUAUCCUAAUGUUUCAUAAAUUUCACUGUCUUAAAAGUCCCGUGUCCCACGAAUUCAUCCCUUUGUCCUCCCCCUGAAAAGCUACUCUUGUAAAAAAAAAAAAAAAGGAUUUCAUAUGAGCCCAAAAUAGAAACAUGAGUGAAUAGGAUAAAAGUUCCAUGAGCUUACCACUCACACUGACUAGUGAGCACACCUGUUUUAUGUGGAAAUAUUUCAAAGCAAAUCCUAGGAUUUCCCUGGUGGUCUAGUGGUUAACACCAAGCUUCCAGUGCAGGGGGUGCAGGUUAGAUCCCUAAUUGGGGAACUAAGAUCCUAUGUGCCACUAGGCCAGGAAGUCCCAGCGAUCUUAUCACCCACCCCAGUGCAGCGCACUUUUGGAAACAUGGACGGUUUCUUAUGUAACCGUGAGGUCACUUUUAUGCCCAGUGCAGUUAGCAGUCAGCUGGGUUCUUUUUGGUCUCAGGGCCUGGGGGUACCAAUCUUACAAGGGCUCCUCACUCAAAUCUUUUAUUUCAAAGUAAAUAAUACAGUCAUAGAGAAAAAUAUUUCUUCAUUCAAUAAAGGUGCAUCUCUUUAAGUGCCAGCAGUGGGCAAAGUUGUUUUAGGUCCCUGCCUUUAAGAGCUGACACUGUGUGUUAUCUGUGGAUGAACAGAUAAAUACAGAAAUGGAGGGAAAAGUAGAAGCCAUGUAAAAGUUAGGAUGAAACAUAAUACAAAGCAUAAUAAACACCCAAGAAUCCACCCCUAGUUCUUUUGAAUCUGAACAGAUAUUUGCACUGGAUCUUUCGCUUCUUAGAUCUCUGUGACUAAUGUUUUGAAGACCUUUAUGAGCUUGUCCUUGUUUCUUUUGCCCCCCACCCCACUAAGGUUGCCCCCUCCUGAAUUUGGUAUUUAUCAUUCUCUUGUGCUUUUAAACUUUUGCUAUUUACAUGUUACUUUAAGAAGACAUGGUUUCCUUUUGCAUGUUUUCCAAAAAGUUACACAAACCGUGCACCAUAAAAAUCAUCCUGCAA